CUGUAGUCUCUCGGGGCCGGCCCCGCCCCAGGUGCAGUUUGGGCGGCCGGCGUGUGGAGAACACCCUACUCGCUGUCCCCGGGCGGCCCGAGCCUGGAGAGCGGAGCCGCCCUACAACCUUCGUCCCCUGCCUCGGUGGCCCGCUCCGCCUCUUCUCUAAUCUUUCCCACAACCCAAGAUGGCGGCGGAGGUGGAUUUUGGCGACCUAGAGCUGUUCGAGGCUUUCGAUCCCCCGGAGGAGUCGAUUCCCAAGCCCGUUCACACCCGUUUCAAGGACGACGACGCCGACCCGGAGGACGAGGACGGGGUUGGUGACGCGGAGCUGCGGGAGAGGCUUCGGCAGUGCGAGGAGACCAUCGAGCAGCUCCGCGCCGAGAAUCAAGAACUUAAAAGAAAGUUGAACAUUCUAACUCGACCAAGUGGAAUAUUGGUGAACAAUACUAAGUUAGAUGGACCUUUAUUACAAAUUCUAUUUAUGAACAAUGCUAUUUCAAAGCAAUAUCAUCAAGAAAUAGAGGAAUUUGUUUCAAAUUUAGUAAAAAGAUUUGAGGAACAGCAGAAAAAUGAUGUGGAAAAGACUUCUUUUAAUCUUUUGCCCCAGCCAUCCAGUGUUGUGUUAGAAGAGGACCAUAAAGCUGAAGAAUCCUGUGCCAUUAAAAACAACAAGGAAGCAUUUAGUGUUGUAGGAAGUGUCCUGUAUUUUACUAAUUUUUGCCUUGAUAAAUUGGGGCAACCGCUACUAAAUGAAAACCCUCAGCUUACCGAAGGAUGGGAAAUACCCAAGUACCAGCAAGUCUUCAGCCACAUUGUUUCUCUAGAAGGGCAAGAAAUACAAGUAAAGGCAAAAAGGCCAAAGCCUCACUGUUUCAAUUGUGGUUCUGAAGAACAUCAAAUGAAAGAUUGCCCAAUGCCCCGAAAUGCUGCUCGAAUAAACGAAAAGAGAAAAGAGUAUAUGGAUGCUUGUGGUGAGGCAAACAGUCAGAAUUUUCAGCAACGAUACCAUGCAGAAGAAGUAGAAGAAAGAUUUGGGAGAUUCAAGCCAGGAGUUAUUAGUGAGGAACUUCAAGAUGCACUAGGUGUGACAGACAAGAGUCUUCCUCCUUUUAUCUAUCGGAUGCGCCAGCUAGGGUACCCACCAGGGUGGCUCAAAGAAGCUGAAUUGGAAAAUUCAGGGCUUGCACUCUAUGAUGGAAAAGAUGAUGCUGAUGGAGAAUCAGAAGUUGGAGAAGUACAACAGAAUAAAAGUGUUACUUAUGAUCUGUCAAAAUUGGUAAACUAUCCAGGUUUUAACAUAUCUACUCCCAGAGGAAUUCCAGAUGAAUGGAGGAUGUUUGGUUCCAUACCAAUGCAGGCAUGUCAGCAGAAGGAUGUGUUUGCCAGUUACCUUACUUCUAACUUCCAAGCGCCAAGCAUGAGGUCUGGCAGUAAGCGGUCUUCCUCUCAGUCCAGCCCUGGUAGUCCAAAGAAGCAGAGAAAGGAAAGUAGUUCUGCAGAUUCUCCUGCUGACAUGGAGCUCGAUUCAGAUGUGGAGGUGCCACAUGGUUCUCAGAGCAGUGAAGCAUUUCAGUUUCAACCGCCAUUGCCUCCUGGCACUCCUCCUCCACUGCCACGGGGAACUCCUCCACCCCUCUUUACUCCUCCACUCCCCAAGGGGACCCCGCCACUGACUCCCAGUGACUCACCCCAAACCCGGAGCACAGCUGUGGAUGAGGACGCACUGACUCUGGAAGAACUUGAAGAACAACAGAGGCGGAUAUGGGCAGCUCUUGAGCAGGCUGAGAGCAUCAAUAGUGACUCUGAUAUUCCUGUGGACACACCUUUAACUGGAAACUCCGUUGCCUCUUCACCUUGCCCAAAUGAUCUUGACCUUCCUAUCCCAGAAGGGAAAACAGCCGAAAAGCCAACACUGGAGGAGUCUGAGCAACCAGACACUUGUGCAAAGACAGCUGAAGUUGAACCUCCCUCAAGCCCAGCCUCUGAGACCACCCUGCUUUGUCAGAAUGAAGAGGAGGAAUCUGUAGAGGUGAGCUCCAGAGACGCUCUGCUUGACAGUGGUGAUGUCGUAACAAACUGUAACAUCAGGAAUGGAGGCAGCCAGAAGCACCUUCAAGUGGACACCAGUUCUUCAACAGCCUCUAAAGUUCAUAGCCCUAUACCUGACAUGAGCAAGUUUGCAACUGGAAUAACGCCGUUUGAAUUUGAGAAUAUGGCAGAAUCUACUGGAAUGUACCUCAGGAUUAGAAACUUGUUAAAGAACUCUCCCCGAAACCAGCAGAAAAACAAAAAAACUUCCGAAUAACUGUUUGUUGUGGCACCAAGAGCCAUUUAAUUAUCUGUAACUGUGUUCUGUUGAUGCGUACCAAGUGAUGGGUAAAAAUUGUUCUCCUAUUCGUCCCUCCCUGUUUAAAAAUCUAUCCAAGGUUGAAUUGUGGUCUCAAGUCAAGACUAUCUUAAAGAAUGGAAAGACUGGGCUCACUAAUUUGCUGUAUUUUAUUCUCACCCACAAAACCUGCAGGGGGAGUGUACAUAGGAGCUGGUUCAGAGAUAAUUUGUUAAGGUUUAUACUAUUUUUGGAUUGUGAGUGUCUGUCAAGAGUGAUGUUUUUUAUCUGUCUUUUGUACAUUGUUUUCCCUUUCUACAUUUUGCUAAUUAUCCUGUAUAUAAGUUUAAUAUAUCACUUUUAAAAAAAAAAUUCUAACCAUUUUAAAUUCAUAUUUCAACUCUGACAACCAAAUGAGAAAAAUCAGGGAUGAGCAGCUUUAUCCCAUUUGGGGUAUUUUUGUAAGAUUUACAUGUAUCAAUUUUAACGACAAUUUUGUUUUUUUGUACCUUCAUUCUUCAUAUAAGCUUACUAUACAGUUAUGUUCCCUUUUGUGUACAGAGGUUUAAUAAAUUAGUUUUCAUAUACAUAACCUAAGACUUUGAAUAUAAAAAAGUGAUUCACAGUUAAAUUAUUAACCUUUUAAAUCUGGAAGAAAAUUAUGUGGUUGCAAAAAUUAGUGACAGCAAAGGAAAUAAGAAAUUGCAAGCUUGGGUGCUUUCAGAGAAUGUCCACCUUAAAUAUAGAAAAGAGCAGAAUCUCUUAAAGUAGCUAUUUUACAAAAAUGAAAAGAGGGCAGCUAACCUUUGUACAAAAAUAAUAUUCUGGAUUUGAACCCUAAUAUUAAGAAUUAAACAGUAGAUAUAAAUUAAUUGCUUUUGCACAUCAGAUAUAGAAGAUAGAGCUGAAAGUAUGAUUUUUUUCUUUAUGUGAAAUGCUGUUACAUGUUUAUAGUUGGUCAAGUCCAGGAACUUAUGUGGUCUUGAAUUAUUAGUCUCAGGUAGUGUUAUCCUGCUCCCAGGCCAACAGAGGGAGCAAUAUAGAACCAUUCUGGAUUUUUCAUUUUUGGGAACUUGAAUUAUUUACUGCUCUAUAACAAUAAAGAGAAGGAAAAUUAUAUAAAAGGACAAAUUAAUUUUAAGGCCCUCAUAGAACUUGCUAAAAUAAAAUGUUAAAUACUUCUGACUUUUUUCUCUGAGUUUAAAUACAUAAUAAAGUAACCCUUUAACAGUAGUCGAUAUAGAGCAGCCUCAACAUUUCUGUCAGGCAAAUACUACCAUAGGGAGGCACAGAGAGGUUAAAGGGACUUGUGAGUUUUAAGAUGUGGUUCUUAAAAGACCAACCUUCAACUAAAGAUUUGACUGCACCCUAAAUCAUAGAAGUAGUUGUUUAAAUGUCCCUUUAAAUAUCGCAUUGGUAGAGUCCUCUGUGAAUCCAGACAUAGCUUAGCAAUUAUUAUGCCAGGUGUUGUGUUAAGGUAUUUUUGUGCAUUGUCCCAUGUUUACUAUUAACUUCAUUUUGUUUAGAGGGAAGCACUUAAGACACAGCUGGUAAGCAACCCCCAUACCCAGACUCGACCACUGUACUGCCUCCCUGUCAAAAGCGCUAUAAAAACAUUGCUUUCUCAAAAA